AUGAGUAAUUUAAAAAAAAUAAACUUAAAAAAACCUCCUUCAACAACAUCUAGAAAUGGACAAAUAAUACAAACAAUAAUUUUAUAUAGAAAUUUUGAAGAUACCAGUCCAUUUAAUACAAAAAUUAAAAAAGACAAUUCUUGUAUUACUAAUCAACAAAAUUUUAAAAAAAAUUUUGGUUUUAGUAUUGUUGGAGGAAUAGACUCACCAAAAGGAGCUUUAGGAAUAUUUGUAAAAACUAUUUGUCAACAUGGUGUUGCCAGUAGGAGUGGCCUUCUUGAACCUGGUGAUGAAAUAUUAUCUGUAAAUGGAGUUUCACUACGUGGAAAAACUCAUGAAGAAAGUGUAAAAAUAUUAAAAAAGUAUGGACGUUGUAGUCUUGUAUUGACAAUAGCAAAAAAUAACAAAAACAAGUCUAGUGAUUGUUCUUCAAUUUAUAAUAAAGAAUCAAGUAUUUGUAGCAAUGAAAUAAGUAAUAAAAAGCUAGAUUUUAAUAGUUCAUUUGAAAUAUAUCAAAGUUGCAAUCAAGAAAAAAUAAAUAAUAUUAUUGAAUAUGACAAUGAAAUAAAAAAUUUCAAUAAUAUAAACGUAAAUAUUAGCACUAAUAAUGAGAAAACCACUACAUUAGAAGAAGAAGAACAAUAUUAUCAAGUAAUUUUUGAAGAUGAAAAUGAAAAGACUUUUGAUAAUAAAAUGAAUAAUAAGAUAAAUAAUAGUAUAUGCCCUUAUUCUAAUUUUUAUUCAACUCAAACAAAAAAAACUUUAAAACCUAUAAAUAAUUCUUUACAAUUAACUACAACACCAACUUUUUAUAAUUCAUUUUCUUUAACAAAAAAAAAAAGAAAUUCAUUAUCAAAAAUACCAUCACCUUUUUUAAAUCGUACUAAAAAAAAAGAUUUGAAAAAUUUUUAUAAAUCAACAAAUAAAAGUUGUUGCCAACAACAAUUAAAUUUUUGUCAUCAUAAAUUUAAUGAUAGAAAAAAUUAUUUAUUUGGUAGUAGUAUAAAGAAAAUUAUAAAUAAUUUACUAAAUAAUAAUAAUAAUUGUACAAUGCAAAGGGUUGUAAUAUUGAAAAGAGAUAAUUCAAAAGAACGAUUAGGAUUAGGUGUAGCUAUUGAGUCAGAUGAAGAAGAUGAGAGGGUUCUUUGUGUAACAGUAGAACAAGUAGACGAAGAUUCAAUAUCAUAUAUACAAGGUCUUGCACCAGGUGAUCGCAUUUGGCAGAUUAACGGAAUUGAUGUACAUAAAUGUAAAAGAAUUGAAUGCUUAUCACUAUUUCAAUGUGCUCCACUUCUUUUAAAUUUAGUUGUUAGUACUCCAUAUAAAAAAAUAUCAAAAACACCCCUUUAUAGUGAUAUCAUUUCAAAUAAUCAACCAUAUUUGGAAUUAAGAAAUCAUAAUCAUUUACCAUCUGAAAAAUAUAAAAAUAUUAAAGAAGAUAAUCAAGAGGUUCUUGAGAGUGAAUAUCAAACCAUAACAACAGAAUCAGAAUCAUCUUUUGAUAAAUUACCACUGUCAUUAUCAAAUAUUCCUCAAUAUUUAACAACUGAUUAUCUUUGCGAAACGGUCAACUAUCAAAUGUCAUCUAGAAAAACAGAUCAACCUUCAAUUAACGCGAUAAAAAUGUUAAUUAAUCAUAAUAUGAAUAAAAUAGAAGAUAAAGGAAAGAAAGAUUACUCUUUAAACUCAUCAAAUGACAUAAUAAAAAAGGAUCAUGCUAAAGAAGAAGUACAAAAUACUUAUUCCCCAACAUUAUCUCUUAUAAAUACUUUUUCAUCAACCUCUUCUAUCUCUCCAGAUCCUCACUCUCCAACACAUAGUGAAGAUUCAGGAUUUCAAAAUGACCAUGCAACAGCUGUCAAAAGUAAAAAUCUUUUACAAAUAUCAACAUCACCAGUUCCAGUUCGUAAUAAUUCUUCCAAAAUUUCUACAAAUCAUACUACAUCUACUUCACCUACCAGAUACAGGAGUGUUUUUGCAAGAACACAAGACAGUGUUGAUAUAGAAAAAAAUAUUUUCUUAUCUGAGGAGGGAAAAUCUGUUGAUGAGAUUAGUAAAUGCACAAAAAGCAAUUUAAAUGAUAAUAAAAUGUUUAAUGGAACUAUUGAUUGUUUUAUUAAAGCUAAAAAUUCCAACACUUUGUAUGGAUAUAUGGAUUGUAAAAUGUCUAAAAGUCAACCUCUUGUUUUAAAAAAAAUUAUUUUAUCAAACACCGAGAAGUCAGGGCCUGUUGUUCCACCAAAACCAAAAUUAUCCAGUGAAAAUAAUUCAUCACUCUUGGAAAAUAAAAAUUGUCUUAAAGAUAAUAAAAUUUUUAGUCGUGCCAGUGUUAUUCAUAACUCAGAGAAUUGUGAUGUAAAAAAAGAAUCAACUGAAGAUGGUACUAAAAUUAUUCAACAAGAAAAAAUAAAACCAAAAGUUUUGUCGUUAAUACAAAAGUUUCAAACAGGAAAUAUUGUUCAUGAGGAUUCAGAUGAGGAGAUUGAAAAUAUAUCACUAAAAGGGGAUAAUAAAAAUAAUUCAGGAGUAUUAUUUGAAACAAAUAAAGAUUCUACUGGAGAAAUUAUAUUACAAGAAGACUUUCUCAUUGAACAGGACCGUUGCCUUGAAACAAUUAUUAAUAGUCAAAAUAUUAAUAAUAAAAUUAAUACUUCUCUACCAAAAAGAGAAAUAUCCAAUGAAAAGUACUUUACCUUUAGUAGUGAGGAGAAAUUUAAAAGUUUAGCGGAAAAGUAUAGAGAACCAACUCCUACCAAAGAAGUCAUCUCUCCUGCUCUAAAAGUACUGUUAGAAAAAGAUUUUUAUAAUAGUAAUAAUAUAUCAUCUUCUUCAUCAUCAUCAACUUCUAGAACUAACCUUUUAACAAAAAGUGAAGACUCUUGUAAUACUAGUAAAGAUGAUGAAUUACUACCAAAUAUAACAACCAAUUCUAGUACAUAUUCUUCUCGAAAUUCGACACCAAUUCCAACAAUUGAAAAGUUUAGUCAACUUCCACCAUCAUCUUACUGUAUUGAAAAAAAAGAAGAAUAUAAUUUCGCUAAAACUAUCACCUCUACAACAAAUAACGAAAUAAUUGAAAGUAAUAAACAACAUAAUUUUAUCGAAAAGUGCAAACCAAUCAAGGAACAAAAUGUUUCACCAUUAUUAGGUAUUGGUAAUAAUAGUAAUUCAUCAAGAUUAAGUAACAAUCAAAAAAUGUCCCCAUUAAAUUUAACAAAAAGUCAAAUAGAAGAAUUACAGGAAAUAUUAAAGGAUCAGUAUGGAGAGUAUGAAUUUUUUGUUGUUAAUAUGACACGGGUAGCUGGAAUAACAGAUGGUAGUGUUGGAAUAAUACUAACUGCUGCUGAAUCAACAUCAAAUUUGUCAACAAUAACAGUUCAAAGAGUUAUAACGGGAUCAGUUGCCGAUAGGGAGGGUACUCUUCUUAAAGGAGAUAGACUAUUUUUUAUUCAAGGAAAAUCGACAAUGAAUAUGUCUGCUGCUGAUGCCAGGAGAGAGUUAAAAGCUCCAGCACAAAUUGUUACUGUUGUGGCAGGACGAUUAAAUAAAUUUAAAGUUUUUCGUGUCUCAUCUUCUCUUGGUGGUAGUGAAAGUGAUAAUGUUUUUACUGGAGAUCCUAAUAUGUUUACUUAUUCAGAUGAAACACAAACAAUAACAUUAAUAAAAAAUACCAUUGGUGUUGGUUUUAGUUUGGAUGGAGGUGUUGAUUCAUCUUUUGGGAAUAGGCCUAUUAUUAUAAAAAGACUUUUUAAUGGUGGUGAAGCUUUAAAAAGUGGUUUAAUUACAGUUGGUGAUAUUUUAGAAAAAGUUGAAGAUACAUCUUUAGAAGGUAUGACAUAUCUUGAUGCCUGGAAAAUGCUCAAAACAUUACCUGAAGGUAAAGUUAGGUUAUGCAUAAGGAAAAUUCAAAAAUAA